GUUCAGUUCUGAUGAUUUAGACGCUGAAUACUUGCUUAUAAAAGUGUCAGUAAAAUAUUCAUCACAAACUUUGAAAUGGCAGAGGAAAGUGAUGAUGUGUCCUUACUCAAGAGACGAAGAGAGGAAACCGAGCCAGUCGCUCAACCUGCGGGUGGAAAACUGCAGAAAACAGAGACUGACAGUUUGGAGUCCUGCUUGGAUCAGCCGGAGGAUUUGCGCGGUGUGCAUGAAGUCAUUAAAUAUGAGCCCUUCCCUUUGUCAGUCAAACACUAUGACCCAGACACCACUGAACCAAUCAGCUACAGCCUCAAGUCUCUGGAUGAGCUACUGUCAUGGAAACGGAGUGAAGCCAACCCCUUUAAUGUGGCCACAGUGCCCCUGGCCAAUCGGCAGCCUCCACUCGCGAGCUGUCAGAUGAAGACCUUGGUGUGUCAUGACAUGAUGGGUGGCUACCUGGAGGAUAGGUUUGUGCAGGGGGCAGAGUCUGAAGCGCCCUAUGCCUUCUAUCACUGGCAGUACAUUGACAUCUUCAAUUACUUCAGCCACAACAUGGUGACCAUCCCACCUGCCGUCUGGACCAACGCGGCGCACAAACAUGGUGUCCUAGUUCUCGGGACCUUCAUCACCGAGUGGACAGAUGGUGGUAAGAUGUGUGAGCUGUUCCUGGCAGAGGAGGAGUCUUACCGCAUGGCCGCCGAUAGGCUGGUUCAGAUCACCCACUGCUAUGGGUUCGAUGGCUGGCUGAUCAACAUUGAGAACUCGCUGAGUGAAAUGGCAGUGAAGAACAUGCCCCACUUCCUGCGCUACCUCACAGACCAGAUGCACGAACGUGUGCCGGGCAGCAUGGUGCUGUGGUAUGACAGCGUGUUGGAGGAUGGCACACUCAAGUGGCAAAACGAACUCAACAGCAGCAACAGAGUGUUUUUCCAGGCGUGCGACGGUAUCUUCACAAACUACAACUGGACAGAGCAAAGUCUGGAGUGGAUGACCUCAUAUCCUGUGGCCGAGGGGCGCCUGGGGGACAUCUUUGUGGGGGUGGAUGUGUUUGCCCGGAGUGAGGUGGUCGGGGGAAAGUUUGAGACCAACAAGGCCAUGAAACUCAUCCGCAAGCACGGCUUCUCAGCUGCCAUCUUCGCCCCAGGCUGGGUGUACGAAUGCCAUGACAAGAAGGCCUUCCGCAGCAACCAGGACAAGUUCUGGGGGCUCCUGUCUGACUUCUUGUACAUUCGUUGGCCCUCCUUCCAGCUCCCCUUUGUCUCCUCCUUCUGCCAGGGGUUUGGGAAGAGCUUCUACUGGAAGGGGAAGGAGGAGAGCUCCACGGGCUGGUUCAACCUGAGCGGCCAGGAGAUCCAGCCGCUCUACCUGAGGGAGGAGCUGGAGAGUGGCGGCCGGCUGGCGACUCGCGGUUGCCCCGAUGACGCCUGGAGUGGCGGCUGCUCCCUGUUGGUUGAAGGUGUGAUCCCACCCACGCACUCCAAAGUUUGUGCGAGGAUAUUCUCCAUCCAUGUGCCCAUGGCCCCCAGCACACUUGUCUCCUUCAUCUAUAAGCCCUCGCAGGGGGUAAAGGUCUCGCUGGAGCUGAAGACCACUGAUGCAGCUCUGUGCUCCUAUGAAGGAGUCCAGGACAUCCCAUAUACUAGCGUGCAGCCCAAAGCUCUGGAGGGAGACCAUGAACUGGUGAAGCGCUUCACAGAGAGCUGUGGUGCGUGGAGGCCGGAUGGAUGGACUGUGAGGUGCUUCCUGUUGGAGCUGAGGGGCUGUGCUCUGCGGAGCAUCUGUGUGAACAUGUCCCGUGAGCCAGGGGAUGAGGAUGUCCCUUUCAGCUGCAGGAUUGGAGAGAUCAUGAUUAUGGAUGCAAAGAGUCUCUCAGCACCCUCCCUGCCUGUCCAGAACAUCUGCCUGUAUGACAUUGUGUGGCGAAGGGGCGAGAGGCUCCACUUCAAUGCAACCCUUCGCUGGAGGUACCCCACCCAGCUGGUGCGCCACUUCCGGGUGCUGUGGCGUCGCCUCCGAGGACCGAACCCACGGACACCCCUGAGCCCGCUGGUGCUGAUCAGCCGGGCCUACUCCACCAUGUUCCGUGUGUCUGAGCUAGCCGUGCCUGAGCCCCCCUGUCUGCUGGAGCUGGUGGUGCAGCCUGUGAGCAGGGAGGGCUUCAGCUUGCCGGAGUCGCAUUGGGGGAGGCGGACCGUCAGUUACGCUGAGGGGGAAGGAGUUUAGUGGUGGUUCCACCCCUUAAAACUGUGAUUGGCCCCCAUCUGGUCCCCAACUCCACCAUAGGAAUCUGGUGUUUUUCUCAGCAAGUUUUUGAGGGGCCAUUAUGAAAGAAUCAUGAGUGUAUAACAAGAAUAUCUAAACAAUGCUUUGUUAUUUUGAAAAAUUUGGGGAAAAAGAAAGAAAACAUUUUUGUGUUGUUACAGGUUUCAUUGGAUCUACUAAGCACCUGUGCCAAGUCAGUGGAAUCUUUAAGAGUGUUCAGUAUGUCAAAACAAAUGCUUUCCCUGGGUUUAACUGUCUCAGAGAUCCGUCUAAGGUGCCUUUUAAAUAGAUGAAGGACCUUAUAAAUCAGUAUUUUUUAUGGUUUCUGCUUCGGCAAUUUCAGUUUACACCAGAUUUUAUUUUAGACUAUUCAGGUCAUUUCGGUGCUUUUAAAAAACUAUAUACAUUCUGAAAAAUAAUUUUGGGGCUCCAGACAGUUAACAUGCUUGGUCCAAACACAGUUGAGCCCUACAGCUCGGGUUUGUAUUUGGCCAUGUCUCCUGCCACUAACAUAGGGAACCCACAGUGGCAGAACUAAUUGGUGCGAUUCCACUGGGAUUGGUGUGGAUAAAUCAUCCAAGGUCCCUUCGUCAUACCACUGUCAGCUCCCUGCGACUUCUUUGAUGUCUAUGACUUGCUCAGGUAGCAAGAGGGAGUAGUGCCUGUCCAUCAUUCAGUGCCUGCCCCCUGCUGUGUUAUGGGACUUGAAGUGCAGAAAAUAGUCACAGUUGGUGGAAGUGUGCAUUGCUAUUGCUCCCCUUCAUUGACAAGGUGGGGUGAGCCUAAUGUCCAACUACUAAUCAUAAAAAGACAGGUGAAAAAGGGAGAA